AUGAAGUUAAUUGCCAUCCUUUUCCUUUGUUCCACGCUGCUAACAAGUUUAGCUCAAGAGGAUCAACCACAAGAAAUUGACUGCAAUGAUGAGGAUGUAUUUAAGGCUGUGGAUGCAGCUCUGAAGAAAUACAAUGGUCGAAGUAAAACUGGCAACCAGUUUGUAUUGUACCGCGUAACGGAAGUCACCAAGACGGAAGAACAGAACAUAUUUUAUUCUAUCAAGUAUGACAUCAAGGAGGGUGACUGUUCUGUUAAAAGUAACAAAACCUGGCAGGAGUGUGACUACAAAGAACUUGGGCAAGCUGCCACAGGAGAAUGCACAGCAACCAUAGGGAAGAGACCAAAUAUGAAAUUCUCCGUAGCUUCCCAGACCUGUCACAUUACUCCAGCCGAGGGCCCUGUGGUGACCUCCAAGUAUGAAUGCCUUGGCUGUGUACACCCCAUAUCCACUGCCAGCCCUGACUUGGACCCUGUUCUGAGACAUGCCAUUCAACAUUUUAACAACCACACUGAUCAUUCCCACCUCUUUGCUCUGAAAGAAGUAAAAAAGGCACAGAAACAGGUGGUGUCCGGAUGGAAUUAUGAAGUUAGUUACUUAAUUCAGCAAACUAAUUGUUCCAAGGAGAAUUUUAAAGUCUUAACCCUAGACUGCAAGGCCCUUCCCAAUGGUGAUAACGGUGAAUGUACAGAUCUUGCAUAUAUGGAUCCUCAGCUAAGAAUUGCUUCCUUCUCACAGAAGUGUGAGGUUUUUCCAGCGGAGGAUUUUGUAUUACCACCUACCAGAGUUUGUCCUGGCUGCCCCAAAGAGAUACCAGUUGACCACCCAAAUCUAAAGGAGCCUCUGACUCAUUCCAUUACAAAGUUUAAUGCAGAGAAUAAUGCAACCUUCUAUUUCAAGAUUGACACUGUGGACAAAGCAACAUCACAGGUGGUGGCUGGAAGAAAAUAUUUUAUUGAGUUCACAGCCAGGGAAACCACAUGUUCCAAGGAAAGUAAUAAAGAGUUGACCGAAAGUUGCGAGAUCAAUAAACUUGGGGAAAUUCUAAAGUGCACUUCUGAUGUUUAUGUGAUACCCUGGGAAAAUAAAAUUUAUCCUACUGUCAAAUGCCAAUCAACAGGAAAGACCUCAUUGAUGAAAAGACCUCCAGGUUUUUCACCUUUCCGGUCAGUACAAGUGGCAGAAACAAAAGAAGAAACAAUUAAGCAACUAAGGUCCUUCUGCAUGUACAAGGGCCGGCCUCAGAAGGCAGGGACAGAGCCAACAUCUGAGAGUGAGGUCUCUUGA